AUUGCACAUGAAGCCCGACUGAUAUUAGCAAUGCCUUUGAGUUGGACGCGAAGGGAGGAUAAUUGGUUGUGGCAUUUCACCAAACAUGGAAGUUACACAGUACGAUCUAGGUGCCAUAGAGCUAUUAAUAUGGCCAGAAAUCAUGCUGGGCCAUCUGCGUCCUCCACAAUCUUUGGCGGCAACCGGUUGUGGUCCUUAGACAUCCCAGAGAAGGUGCGAUUGUUUAUCUGGAGUGCUUACAAAAAUGUUAUUCCCACAAAGGACAAUCUUCACAAAAAGGGGGAAGAGGUGGAUUUAGAGUGUCCGAUGUGUGGUGUGGAGAAAGAAUCUGUCUUUCACUCCCUUAUGUCAUGCCCCCUUGCUCGUGUAGUAUGGCUAGGAUGCCCUUUGAACCUUCACGUAUCUGAACUCCAGGUUGAUGACUAUGCUACUUUUUUUUUUAUAACACAGCAUGUAUUUUGGGGAAAGAGCAACUUGAACUCUUCUGCUUGUUGUGUUGGAGCUUAUGGAAUAGCUGAAAUGAUGCUCUAUGGAACAAAAAUGGCAUUAAUCCGCAGCAAAUCAUCCAACGAACCUUGACUUUUAUGACAGAAUACAGGAAAUCUGUAUUAUCAAGAGGCAUAGGGGCUGCAGGAGUGCAGAAGGCCACUGAAACUAGAUGGCACCCACCAGACUUGGGUUUUAUAAAGCUAAACGUAGAUGGAGCAACAUCUGUCCAAAGCGCAGCGUUCGGUAUGGGUGCACUGGCGCGGAACGAUUCAGGAGAGGUGCUGGCGGCUAUGGUGUGCAAGGGACAAGGAGCAGUGGAACCUGAAGUUGCUGAAGCCUGCAGUCUACGGAGAGCUCUCCACUGGGCUCAAUCCCUUGCAUUUAGAAGAAAUAUAGUAGAAUCUGAUUGCGCAACCAUUGUGUCAGCAAUCACCAGUGAAACCUUCAACAUGAACUCCAGCUUAGGCCUCAUUCUUCUUGAUUGCAAACCACUGUUGGCCUCUUUUGAGUCGUACCGGUUACAACAUGUCCGCCGAACUGGUAAUGCUGCUGCUCACGAGCUGGCACGAAGAGCACUUACUGCUGAGGCUGAUGAGUUUUGGGUGGAUGACAUACCAUUUCCCAUUGAGCAUAUUGUAACAGGAGAUCGAUCCCUUAUCUGAAUAUGUACUUCCUGUUCUUAAAAUCUUAAUAAAGCUCGCAUAUGGCU